AGCCGUGGCAGACAGGUGUAGAGGCUCAAACCUGUGUUGUAGGUGCUUCUCCCUGUGCGUGACAAACGGGACAGGUGUCUUUUUGGUCAAUACACGCUUUAUUAUUUCUUUUUUGUGUUAGCUCAGAUAUACUUUCAAGUGUUUCCGAUCCUGUUUUUACAUUCACUUAUCUGCUGAGUUGUUCUUCCAGGUGCAGCAGAGGACUUUUGUUUGCACUCGAAAUGAAGUUAAUGCCGUUUACAACUUGCACGAAACAAUAUUCAACUCGUGUUAGUGGACGCCGGUGGAGGAUUUCUAUUUUUUAAGUAUCAUAUAUGAGAUUUGAAGAGGACACACCUGUUGUACCUGCCUACCUGCUGCGAGCACUGGGCUUUCUGUCUGAACUUAAUGCACAUUUCGAUAAUGAAAGCUUAAUAACGACAGUUUCAAAAGACAAGAAGGAAGUUGAUUCAGACCAGCUUUUAUUUUUGGACUAAAGAUGGAGUUGACCGGGCAAAGAGCAAAAUGUCUGGCGCUGCUUUUAGUAGUUGCGGUGUGUGUGCAGGGUGACUUCCUGGAGCCUCCUCAGCUCGUCACCUCCCUGCGCUCCCUGGCAGAGAGUCAGACCAGGCUCCCCUGUCACUACCAGGUGGAGGAGGGGCAGAAGGUGGUGCAGGUCACCUGGUAUAAGGAGCUCCCAGACGGCAGCAAGGACCAAAUCAUCACCGCCCACUUCCACGACGGCCACACAGAGUUCGGGCGUUACUCUGGCCGGGUGAGAUUUGAGAGUGGGAGCCCCACAGAGAACUCGGCUCUGCUCAUCCCCAACACAGAGGAGUCGGACGAGGGCAGCUAUACCUGCCGCAUCUCCAGCUUCCCCAAUGGAAACUUUGAGAGGCACAUCACACUCACAGUGUGGAUUUUACCCAUCGCCUCCGUGGAGCCUGUGAUCCUGGUGGAGGGCGAUUCGUACCGUGUGGCCGCUUCCUGUCGAGCCGUGGGCCGCCCGCUGCCCAGCCUCUCCUGGGACACCGACCUGCCAGGCCAGUCCCAGAACCGCACCUUCGAGGGCGGGUCCGUGUCCAGUUACUACUCCCUGCACCCCCUGCGCAGCAUGAACGGGAAAAAGCUGGACUGUAUGGUGUGGCAUCCCGGCCUGGAGCAGCCGCGCAGGAUCUCAAACAGCCUGGUGGUUCAGUACCCCCCAGAUGCCACCAUCUCCACUGCUACAGGAGACUGGUUUGUGGGUUUGGAGAAAGCAGAGCUGGUCUGCGUCAGUGGAGGAUACCCCAAACCUCAGAACAUCACCUGGACAUGGAGAGGAGGGGCUUUGCCAGACGGGGUGUCUGUGGUAGGAGGAAAACUCGUUUUUGGACGGGCCCUCCGCAUGAAUGACAGUGGGGUCUAUGAGUGUGUGGUCAAGAACAACGUGGGAGUAGGAAAAACAGAGUAUACAAUGACAAUAACAGAGACAGCUAAACGCAAGGACGACUCCCCCGUUGACAACCAGUUGCUGAUCAUCAUUGGUGCUUCAGCCGGAGCUUUGGUCCUGGUCCUGGUCAUUGUCGUCCUGCUGGUCAACCGCCACCAUCGACACAAAAACAAAAAGCUUGAGAAGGAGCUCAGCGAAAAAACGGAGGAAAUGAAUAGCUUCUCCAGACAAGCCUCCUUCAGGAGACUGAACUCUGUCAGCACAGACCCCAGAGUGCAGGCUGAAGAUUACGCCCUGCUUAGAGUAGACAGCCGAAUGAAAAACAGCCAGUUGUCUCUGGAACAACCCAUCUACAAAGGCAGCCAGUCCACUCUGGGCGGGAAAUGGCCUCCAGGAGUGGUGGAGGUGGACGAACUGGGACGUCCCGUUGUCUGGCACGAUGGCAGAGAGAGCCUGAGAGGAGCAGAGAUGGACAGAGAGAAGGAGGAGCGCAGGAGGAGGGUGGAGUCAUACCUGAAGAGCAGCAACAUGUCACUGGACUCAGGUCUGCCUUCUUCCCUGGUUCCCCUGAAGGCCCAGCAGGACGACGUCGUCGGGCCCAGAGAGCCAGACCUGGGCCACCUCAGGGAGGGAGACUCCCCACAUGAAGAGGACUGGGCUCCCACCCAGUUAGUAGUGGAGGGACACGAGGAUGACGAAAACAGCAGCUCCUACCAGAUCUCGGAGGCCCUCACCAAUCACUUCUACCUACGUAAUGGGCUCCUCAGACCCAAGCCACACUCCAAUGCCAUUCUGCUGCACACCAAAGGACAGAUCAUCUAGACCACAUACUCCUCCACAACAUGAGAAGAGAGAAAGUCUGUCUGCAUCCUUGCAUUGAAAAUGACCGCAUUCCUCGUAAUGGGAUGUUUGUUUUGUACACAUUGACUGCAGUGGGUAAUUAGCCCCAAGAACGAUCCAAACUUUGAUUAUUUUUUGCCUCUGGCUUAUGAGUUUUUGUUCCUUUAUAAUAAUUGGGAUGUUUUCAAAUAAUUUGUUUGGGGCAUUUUAUGUCUUUAUUAGAUAGCCGACAGUGGAUAGACGACAAAAAAUUAGGGGAGAGAGAGAGAUGGUGAAUGUCAUGCACGAAAGGUCCCCAGCCAGACACGGACCAGGUACGUUGCAGUUCAUGGCCCCGUAAUUGGGAAAUGUUUGAAUUAUUUUGAAGAUCCACUGAUGGAGAAUUAGAUGGCCAGUGAGUUUUACCUUUCACAAACCAUGAAGGCAUGUAAAUGAAAAAUCUUUCUCCUUGAACGUGCAAGAAAUAAAGGUUCCUGUUACACAAUGUUUUUAACUGUAUUAUCUGCAGUGCUAAAAUGUCACAUCCACUGCUUUGGCGUCACACAAUUUUACAUUCACAAUAAAUCCUGUCAAUUAAGGGUUCCUUGUUUACAUCAAAAACAUUUAGGGAGGAACAAAUGGAAAAAGACAAUUUCUGAGCUCCAAUGUAUUGCCAAGUUAAAAGUAAACUGUACUCAAAACUUUGAUAUUUUCAGAUUGGACGCACCUGUGGAUAAGAAGUUAGUGUGUGUAUUUGUAUAUGUAUGUAUGUGUGUGUGUGUGUGUAUAUAUAUAUAUAUAUAUAUAUAUAUAUAUAUAUAAGAAAGAGCUAUAAGGAGCUAUUGUAUGUUUAUUUUGUGUAAGUAACAGCUACCUGAAACUAGAAAAAGGCUGUUACCCUGAGGACCUGAACACAGAUAUGGACAGUUAUUAAACUGGCAGAGAUUUAUGGAUAAACACAGGAAAGUGGUUUCCAUGACCAGGUUUGAACCAUAUCUGCAUUAACUUAUCAGUGCUCAGCAAUGAACAGACUGGAUGAAACAUGCAGAAGACGAACUGUAAAGUAACAUUCUGUGUCAAAUCAGUUGUGUAUAUGUCACCAUGUAAAUUGUUUUAUAUUCAUUCAGUGUUUUUCUAUGAAACUGAGAAACUGACAUGUAAAUGUUAAAAUGUUUAUUCAUAAAAGCACAGCAUAUGCAAUUUUAAAAA